AUGGCCUUCGCUGAUUGGGACCUUGAAGAGACACCAAAAAAACCAGUGGUACAGGUGCUAGACUCAUCCCCAUCCUCUGAACAGUCAUCAUCUGCUUCUGCUCCAAAGCCAACUUAUAACCAUACAAAAUUGUUUGGUAAUGUCAAACCUAAACCAAUUCAUAAUGAAAAUAGUGAAACAAAUAGUGCAUCAAAUCUGAGAGAGAAAUUCUCAUUUAAUGGAUCAAAUUUAAUGAGUCAGAAUAAUACAAAUACAGGCUCUGUUAGAGAUAUAGAGAUUUUACAAAAAUUGUUUCCAAGUAUCAAUGUUAAUUUCAUUAAAGCUGUCUAUAAAUCAAAAGGUAAUAAAGAUCUUAAAUUAACUAAACAACAUUUAACUACCGUCAUAGAGAAAAGAAAACAAGAAGAAAUUUUGAAAAAGGCAAAUACACCAACACCUAUCUCAGUCUCCGAAGAAAGUCCAAGAUCUGAAUCAUCUGAACCAAAACAUAUUGAAGUUAGUUCAUCACCAGUGGUCUCGCCGCAAAAAGCCGCCUCAUCUAAAGUUGUUCUUAAUAAGAAACAAUCUAUUCAUCAAAAAUAUAGUACAACUUAUAAGAAACCUGCUGAAGAUGAUGUAACAAUACAAGAAGAAGCACCAGCUCCAAAGAAAAGACGUCUUGUUAGAGGUUCAAGAAAUCAUACUCCUAUAAGUCUUGAUGAUGAUAGUAAUGAUGAAAAUGAAACUAAAGAUGAUGAAUCUUCCAAAAAACCAACCCUUGCUUCAAAUAUUAGAGCUAAAAUUGCAAUGCCAAAAUCUAUUUCAGCUCCACCAAGACCCCCACAACAACCAACAUCUAAAACGAAAAAUAAAACUGUUGAUUUAGAUGAUGAAGAAGCUGAAGAAGAGGUUCUUAAUGAUGAUUUCAGUGAUUCUGAUGUUGAGGAAGAGGACUCUGCUGUUGUGACAUCAUCUAUUGACGAUUAUUAUAACCAAAAAACUUUAGAAUUUAUGAAUUCCGCUGAAGAUCGUGAUAUUGUUGAUGUUACACAAUGUACAUUUGAAAUUGCUGCAAAUAUUGUUAAGAAAAGACCUUUUAGAUCAAUUAAUCAAUUUGAAGCUUUAAAUUUCAGAGAUGAAGAAGUUAAAAGAAGAAAUAAAACUGAUGGUGAAACUGUGAGUACUAAAGCUAAUUUAGUAUUGAGAGGUUAUGCAGCUGUUGAUAGUUUGGUCAAACAAUGUAACAAAUAUAGUGAUACCAUUUCAAAUGAAAUUGGGAAAUGGGGUGUUAAAGUUCAUGGUGUUAACGAUGAAUUAGAAGUUGUUGAUGUUAAUAUUGAAGAUAGUGAUGAAGAAGAUGAUGGAUUUUUAAAAUCAAAAUCAAAAUCAAAGCGUAAUGGUUAUUUCAAAGAAAAACCAAAAUAUUUAUCUGAUGAAGUUGAAUUGAAAAGUUAUCAACAAGUUGGUAUUAAUUGGUUAAAUCUUUUAUAUAAAAAUAAAUUAAGUUGUAUUUUGGCUGAUGAAAUGGGGUUAGGUAAAACUUGUCAAGUUAUUGCAUUUUUAUCAUAUUUAAAACAAACUGGUGUUAAUGGACCACAUUUAGUUGUUGUACCAUCUUCAACUUUAGAAAAUUGGAUGAGAGAAUUUCGUAAAUUUGCCCCAUCAUUUGUUGUUGAACCUUAUUAUGGAUCACAAUUAGAAAGAGAAGAUAUGAGAGAAGUGUUAACAAGUAGAUUAGAUGAAAUUGAUGUUAUUGUUACAACUUAUAACUUGGCCACUGGUAAUAAAGAUGAUGCAAGUUUUUUAAAAUAUGCUGGGUUUAAUGCAAUUGUUUAUGAUGAAGGUCAUAUGUUGAAAAAUAGUGCAUCUGAUAGAUUCCAAAAAUUAAUGAAAAUACGAGCAAAAUUUAGAUUAUUACUUACUGGUACACCAUUACAAAAUAAUUUAAGAGAAUUAAUGUCAUUAUUAGAAUUUAUUUUACCAUCAAUAUUCGUUUCUAAAAAAGAAGAUUUAAAAUAUGUUUUCAGUCAAAAGGCAAGAACAUAUGAUAAUAAACCAGGUUAUAAUCCAUUAUUAUCAGAAAGAGCAAUUUCUAAAGCCAAAAAAAUGAUGGCACCUUUCAUUUUAAGAAGAAGAAAGGAUCAAGUUUUAAAACAUUUACCACCAAAAGUUAAUGAAAUUGAAAAAUGUGAAAUGGUUGAAGCUCAAAAAAUUGUUUAUCAAAGAGAAAUUCAACGUGGUAUUGAAAUGAAACAACACAAGACUAAAGUUUCAAAUAUCUUAAUGGGUUUAAGAAAAGCUGCUAUUCAUCCAUUACUUUUCAGAAGACUUUAUACAGAUGAUAAAAUUAAACAAAUGUCAAAAGAAAUUAUGAAAGAAUCAGUUUAUGCAGAUGCAAAUCAACAAUAUAUUUAUGAAGAUAUGGAAGUUAUGACUGAUUUUGAAUUAACAAAAUUAUGUGAAAAUUUUUCAAGUAUACAAAAACAUCAAGUUAAACCUGAAGAAUAUUUAAAUUCUGGUAAAGUUAAACAAUUAGGUAAAAUUUUACCUGAAAUUAUUGCUAAAGAUGGGAAAAUUUUAAUUUUUUCAUUAUUUACUCAAGUUUUGGAUAUUUUGGAAAGAGUAUUAUCAGAAUGGUCUAUAAAAUUUUUAAGACUUGAUGGUGGUACAUCAGUUGAAAUUAGACAAGAUAUUAUUGAUAAAUUUUAUGAAGAAAAGACAAUUCCUGUAUUUUUAUUAUCAACAAAAGCAGGUGGGUUUGGUAUCAAUUUGGUUUGUGCAAAUACAGUUAUUAUCUUUGAUCAAAGUUUUAAUCCUCAUGAUGAUAAACAAGCUGAAGAUCGUGCACAUCGUGUUGGUCAAUUAAAUCCAGUUAAAGUUAUAAGAUUAAUUAGUGAGAAUAGUAUUGAAGAAAAUAUGUAUCAAUUAGCAUUGAAUAAAUUAGAAUUAGAUAAAACUAUGAGUGGUGAACAAAUUGAAAGUAAAGCUGUUUCAUAUAUUGAACAAAUGAUUUUUGAAGAUAAAGAUGACUUAAAAGAUAAGAUUAAAGAUGGAAAUCAUAAUAAUAAAGAAAUUAAUGAUGAAUUAAAACCAAAAGUGGAGGAGAUAAAAUCUGAAGAUAAGGAUUCAAAUGAUACCAAUGGGGUUAAGAAAGAAGCCAAUUCAAAUGAAGAAGUUGUCGAAAUUGAUUAA